AUGCCAGUGGACAAGAUGCUUUUCUACCAGCUUUUCAAUUGCAUGCCGAAGAAGGAAUUAAUGGAACAUCUUGCUAGAAUCUUGCCGAACUCACAUGAAAUGACUCCAGAAGCAUGGCGUCUUCUCAUCAAAAUCUUGAAUUGUUAUCGCCCGGUUCCUGUGAAUUUGGGAGAAAAACCUAUGGAUAUUCCCGAUUUUCCACUUCCAAAAAUGAUGGAGCAACUCAUUGAUCUCCUACCUGAACGACUAGAACCCGAUCCACCAGUGAAUUCUACACGUUUCAACUUGCGACCAGAACCACUGCAUUCCGAGGGACACACUGCUAUUUUAACACUUUUGUCAAUCGCAGAUCCAGUUCCCAAGAAUGAUCAGCCACUUUUACCAGUCCGUAUCCCGCCGACACUUCCAGAACCACAAAACAUUCAGGCGACGGAUCUGGAACUUUGCGAACCAGUUAUUCGUUUACUUAUGGGUUUUGCAGUGGCAACUGGAUGCUCCAAGAUGAACGUGUUCAUACAUCAUUUGAAUGCUGAUGUGCAAAGAAAUUCAAGAAAGCAACUUAUGAUCCCUCGUGGAUAUGCCGACUAUGCACUACAAACCUUCGUCGAACUUUUGAUUGCUGGUUCAUCGGAAAUAGUUGCAGAAGGAAAUUCAAUAAAACUUUCAACCUUUCUCAUCUCACUUCGAAUGGGAUCAAUUCAUUUUCAACGUUUUAACAAUUUUCAAUCAGUUUUGACGUAUGCAUCCGUCAACGGAAAUAAUACCAGAAAGAGACUUCCACACGAUUGUAUGUAUUAUUGGUUUUCCUGGUGUUACAACUUCCUCGUUUCGAAAAUUAGAAAACUUUCCUAA